AUGGCUCGCGAUCGCUCCCUUCCACUCUCCGACGAGUGGGAGGACACAGACACCUACAUUAAAGAGCUUCUCAACUUUGCGACGACCAAUGUACUGUUCAUGAACUUAUGCGGUGGCGUGCACAUCCUCGAUUUCCUCACCCGCGAACCCGAUCUAUACACCACCCUGCUCCCAGAAGAAUGGCGCGCAUUCUUCGAGAACCAUGACAUCCACGAUAUACUACAAUUGCUUCUGCGAGAAGAUAUUGAGCCAUUGCGCGCGGACGCAACCAACGGAGGCGCCAGCGCAGAUAAUCGCACGUGGAAGGACGGCGCAUUCCCUCCGCAGAGCUUGUUAGACUAUAUCCACGAUGUUCGCGGACUCAGUCUUCGCCGAGAUUUCAAGACUACUGUGCGGAAUAAAACAAAACUACCGAGACAUGUGGCAGUCGGUAUGAAGACGAAAAAGGAGCACGAGGUCAAAUACUUUUCCGGCUACGUCGCGACGUUAGCCGAUACCGUGGGCGAGAGUCGCGGUGAGCCGGUGUCCCAUAUCGUGGACUUUGGUUCUGGACAGAAUUAUCUUGGGCGAACGCUGGCUAGCUCGCCCUAUCAUAAACAUAUUAUCGCAAUUGAGCGGAAGCACCAGUACAUUGCCGGUGCCAUGGGCAUGGACGUCUCGGCCAAGUUGCGAGAGAAAGAAAAGUCCAAGACGGUAUAUAUGCAUAGCCGCAAGAAGUCUUGCAAUGACUGCAAUGGCGCACCGGAAGUGGCAGAAUCUGAUAAUGCAGAGACACGAUCAGAACUGGGAAAGUCGCAGGUUUCCGAGGAUGUUCCACCUCAAGGAGAGAUCGCGGACGACCAGGAGAGUGUCACCAUGUUCAAAAUGCUGGGCGAGAUCACCCUUGAGCCUCACGAACUACUUGGAUCGAUGACCAAGGGAGGGCAGAAACAGAAACCUGAUCACGAAAUCGAUACCCGAGGAACGAUCAGCUAUAUCGAACACAACAUCCAAGAUGGAUACCUCGAGCCUAUUAUUGACCAUGUCGUCAAUCCAUCUACUCCGACGACCCCAAGUGAACCCGCCACAGACGAAAUAACCACCUCCAUAACAAUCCAGCCAGACGAGCAGCAACCAAACAACGGUCGAGUAAUGGUCGUCUCCCUUCAUUCCUGCGGCAAUCUCGUCCACCACGGCGUCCGCUCCUUAAUCCUCAAUCCCUCCGUGGUAGCAGUCGCCAUGAUCGGCUGCUGCUACAACCUCAUGACCGAACGCCUGGGCCCAGCAACAUACAAACUCCCCGUCCUCCGCUCCCUCCACCCCCGUCUCCAAGCAACUGGCAACUCAUACGAUCCCCACGGCUUCCCAAUGUCCAAGUACUUUGAGACCUAUCAAAGCCCCGGUGCAAUCGGUAUGAAAUUCAACAUUACGGCGCGCAUGAUGGCUGUCCAGGCACCAUACAAUUGGGGCCACGAUGAUAGCGAGCGCUUCUUUGCUCGGCAUCACUUCCGUGCGCUCCUACAGCGCAUUUUCGUUGACCGUGGUGUCGCACCUAAACCGGGGAUUCCUGAGGACCUCUACGCCGAGGAUGAGAGCGACGAAUCGACGGCUGCUGUGAUUAUCGGAUCACUUCCUAAGCGCGCAUUCGAAUCUUUCACUGCGUAUGUCCGCGCCGCGACAGCCAGACUCCUACGUGAUCCGAAACAUGCCGCAAAGGUUCAAGAGCACAUUGCUACCAUGACAGACGAGGAGAUCCAGCGCUACGAGGCGGAGUACUUCCCUACAAAGAAGCAUCUUAGCGUCGUGUGGAGCUUGAUGGCGUUUAGCGCGCAGGUUGUGGAGGCGGUUAUUGUUGUGGAUCGCUGGCAGUUCUUGCGGGAGCAUGACUCCGUAAAGGAGUGUUGGGUUGAGCCUGUGUUUGAGUAUAGCGAGAGCCCGCGGAAUUUGGUUGUUAUUGGUAUUAAGAAGUGA